GGGCCGAGGGCGACGGCGGCGGCGGCGGCGGCGGGGCGAUGCUGCAGCUGCGGGACUCGGUGGAGGCGCCGGAGCGGAGCCCCGCCGCGCUGCUGCCGGCAGAGGGGCUGCAGGGGUUGCAGGAGCUGCAGGGGCUGCAGGGGCUGCAGGAGCUGCAGGGGCUGCAGGAGCCCUUCCCCGCGCCGGCCCCCGGGCCCGGCCCGCCGCGCAGCCGCACGCUGAGGCCCCUCGACGUCCGCAACCCCACCCGCCGCGCGCGCGUCAAGGACUACUUCGUCUUCCGGCCCGGAACCAUUGAGCAAGCCGUGAAUGAGAUCCGUGUGGUUGUGCUGCCCGUGGAGGAUGGAGAGGUCCAGAGCGUGUGGCUUCUGACAGAGGUUGACCACUGGAACAACGAAAAGGAGCGACUGGUCCUCAUCACUGACAAGUCCCUUUUGAUCUGUAAAUAUGACUUCAUCAGUCUUCAGUGCCAGCAGGUGAUCAGAAUCUCACUCAAUGCGGUGGACACGAUUUCUUUUGGAGAGUUUGAGUUUCCUCCUAAAUCUCUAAAUAAGCGCGAAGGCUUCGGGAUUCGGGUCCAAUGGGAUAAGCAGAACCGCCCGUCCUUCAUCAACAGAUGGAACCCGUGGUCCACAAACAUGCCCUACGCCACGUUUACGGAGCAUCCGAUGGCAGAUGCCGAUGAGAAGAUAGCCUCUCUCUGCCAAUUGGAAAGCUUCAAGGCGCAGCUGAUCCAGGCCGUCAAGAAAGCUUAUAAAGAGUUCCCCUGUCCGGGCAGGGUCGACGGCGUGCUGGUCCUGGAGCGUCCUCUUCUCAUCGAGACCUACGUGGGACUGAUGUCCUUCAUCAACAAUGAGGCCAAGUUAGGCUACUCCAUGACCAGAGGCAAAAUAGGCUUCUAGACGCCGGCCCUCGCCAGGGGACGGGACGGCGGGCAAGGGAGAUGAACCCCGGUUUCACGGAUGACUGAGAACCCACCCGGCGCCUCCGGCUCAAGGGGGUUUGGUGGUUAGUUACCUCUGACCUGAGGAGUUUCAGAACAGAAAAGCGAAUGACGGGUUUGAGUCAAAUGUUUGUGAGGCACGUGAGGGCCGGGGACUAGUUCUGCCCAAGAAAUCAUUCGAGAGCUAGUUCAGAGAUGACAUUUUAAAAUAUUGGCUUAGUGCUUUCUCCCGCCGAGUGUUUUGACUUUGUCAUUCUGUUUCCCAGCAAAACCACUCUAGCAUGUUCAUGAAAUGACUUCCUUCUUGAAAAGAUGAGACCGAUGACCUCAGCCGGAUUCAUUAAGAUUUAGUCAAUGGGAUAAUAAUGUCUCUAGUGCCUAUAGUUUCCAAAAUGUUUACUUACUGUCAGCUUUUUUUUCUCAUUUUAAAAAAAGCUUUCAAAUUCUCAUUCAUUCUCGAGAUGGAGAACUUGUUUUUUUCCUCUCUGCUGCCCAGAGUGUUUAAAAAAUUAACCGUAAGACCAGACUGGUUAAGCCCGGUUAGGGAUUUUGCCCCUUUUUUUUGAAUAUCGAAGCAACGGUUUCUACUUUUAAACUAUAAGCUUGGUCUAAAGUCAGACGUCUUAGAAUUUACCUACGUUCAUACUUAUGGAAGAGUCAGACUUCCUAGAAUUUACCUACAUUCUUAUUUAUGGAAUCUUUCAUAGGCCCGAUGAGUUUUACGGAAAAAAAUCGCCGCUGGGAUAAAAUGAUAGAUUUUAAGAUAUAUGUGAUCGUUCUUUGCACAUAAUGUUAUUGCUGUACUGUGUUUGCCAUAUUCGUAUUUAUAAGGGAAUUGAUUAACUGUGCUCUUCCUUCAAAUACUGCACUUAUUUUAAAAUGUAACCUUGCUUGGGUAACCCAAGGCUGCUAACCCGGUUACCAGAAUAUGGAUGUAGGCAAGGGGCUUUAGUCAGAAUAUCGCACUUAACUCACGGUCCCAGGCUUCGGCAUCGCAGUCGGAAUACCGCAGUCGAUGUUAUCCUUCGGCAGAGAUUCCCUGAAAAUGGAAUCAACUGGACUUUCUGCCCCAAACAUAAAUUUGCUUGCUUUCAGACCAGAAGCAUCUGUUGGGUAAGCUUCUUAUGGGCGGGGAUCGAGUCCACCAACUCUAUUGUGCUAUACUCUUCCAAACGCUCAGUACAGCACCCUGCGCACAGUAAGCGCUCCAUAAAUGCCAUCGGUCGAGCGAUUGUGUAAACUAGUUCAACGCAGUCAAGUCCAGAAUUGGCUUUUGUGCAUUUGAACACUUUAUACCUUUUUAAAAAAGAAAGACUUCCCAUUGUUAACGUGCAGGAAGAACGGCAUGUCUGUGUCUGGAAUGCAACAGGCUGCGGGUCCCUGAAUAGAUGGGGUCUUUUCUCAGACACCUGUACGUCUAGCUUUUGUUUCUAAUCUCGCAGUAAAGACUGACCAUUUUACAA